AUGGCCGAACAAGUCAUCGUCGUCGGCGGAGGCCUCGCGGGGCUCUCCGCCGCGCACACCGUCCUCGAGCACGGCGGCCGCGUCCUGCUCCUCGACAAAUGCCCCUUUCUGGGCGGCAACAGCACCAAGGCGACGUCGGGAAUCAAUGGCGCGCUGACCCGCACGCAGGCCAAGGCCGGCAUCGACGACAGCGCGGACAAGUUCGAAGCUGAUAUCAUCAGGGGUGCCGCCGGAGUCGGCCACACCUCCGCCCCCGCGCACACCAUCCCCCUCGCAAAGGUUCUCGCGCAGGGAAGCGGCUCAUCCGUCGAUUGGCUCAUCGAGAAGUUCGGCCUCGACCUCUCGCUCCUCUCGCAGCUCGGCGGCCACUCCUACAAGCGCACGCACCGCGGCAAGGAGCGCUUCCCCGGAUUCACCAUCACCUACGCGCUCAUGGAGGCGCUCGAGAAGGUCAUGGAGGACACCAACGGCGACCUGGCCAAGAUCGUGACCAAGGCGGAGGCGAAGAGGCUCCUCACCGACGAGACCGGCGGCGUCGUCGGCGUCGAGUACUCCAAGGACGGCUCCCUUCACAAGGCGUUGGGUCCGGUGAUCAUCGCCACCGGGGGUUUCGGCGCGGACUACAAGCAGGAUUCACUCCUCACGAGGUUCAGGCCCGAGCUGCAGAGGCUUCCCACGACCAACGGCGAGCACUGCACGGGCGACGGCAUCAAGAUGGCGAUGGCCAUCGGCGCCGGCACGAUUGACAUGACCUCCGUGCAGGUACACCCCACGGGCAUCGUCCACCCGGGCGAGCCCGACGCCAAGGUGAAGUUCCUCGCCGCCGAGGCGUUGAGGGGAGUAGGAGGAUUGCUUCUCAACGCCGACGGCGAGCGCUUCUGCGACGAGCUCGGCCGCCGCGACUACGUCAGCGGCGAGAUGAACAAGAACAAGGGCCCGUUUCGCCUGGUUCUCAACGGCAAGGCCAGCAAGGAGAUCGAGUGGCACUGCAAGCACUACUGCGGCCGCGGGAUCAUGAAGCGAUUCAGCAGCGGCGCCGAGGUGGCCAAGGAGAUUGGCGUCAACCCCUCCAAGCUCGCCAAGACGUUUGCCGACUACAACCGCGUCGCGCAGACCAAGCAGUGCCCGUACGGCAAGAAGUUCUUCCACAACCUUCCCAUGGACAUGAACGACAACGUGUGGCACGUCGCCAUCGUCAUGCCCGUGGUGCACUACACCAUGGGCGGCCUGCAGAUCAACACGGAGUCGCAGGUGACGAACGAGCGAGGCCAUCCCAUCGCCGGGCUCUACGCCGCCGGGGAGGUUGCCGGCGGGAUCCACGGCCGGAACCGCCUCGGCGGCAACUCCCUCCUCGACUGCGUCGUCUUCGGCCGCGUCGCCGGGGACACCGCCAGCAGGGACCUGCUCCAGACCGCCAUCAAGGCGUUGCGCACGGGCGUGCGACCCGGACAGGACGUCGCGCUCAACCGCGUGGCUAACCUCAACGGGCACAUCAACCCCGGAGCUCACGUCGAGCAGCACGCGAGCCUCGGCGUCGGCGGCGGCGGCGGAGUCUCCGCGCCGUCGCAGUCCUUCAACGCCGGUGGUGGUGGCGGCGGCGGCGGUGUGAGCGCCGGCGCGCUCACCGAGGCCGAGGUUGCCAAGCACAACACCGAGGGCGACUGCUGGGUGAUUAUCAGCGGCAAGGUUUACGACGUGACCAAGUUUUUGCCGGACCACCCGGGUGGCAAGAAGGCUAUCAUGCUCUUCGCGGGUAAGGACGCAACGGAGGAGUUCGACAUGCUCCACCCUCCCAAUGUGCUCAAGAAAUACCUCCCGCCCGAGGCGUGCCUCGGACCCCUGGCUUAAUGUUCGAAUGCGAGAGCGAUGAGGAGACUCGCCCGCUGUAUGAUAAACGCCCCUGUAUGAUUUACGAUUGUAUGAGGACGGGCCGGGAACUCCCCGCGACGAUGAACGACGACGCGAUACGACACGCAGCCGAACCCCGAACGCGGGGCUAAUAUUGAUUGUUAUGAUACGCCGAGCGCCAUUUUUGCUUU